GUAGUGGUGUAGACAAUCAUCAUAAUUAACAAAAUGGUGAGAAGUAAAGUGUACCAAUCUAACUGAAUUGAGCAUCUAGACAUACAUGCACAAUGGAAAACAGACUUUUAUUCAUCUCAAUUACUUUGGCAGCAUUUCUGUGUUACGUGAAUGGACAGAGCGCAGAAAGGAGAGAGUGGUGCCACCUAUUGUUCAAUCCAGUCAAUAUAACAGAUCUACACGAGGGUCAAUCACGCCCGGUUCUUGUUAACUACACUUGCAUAGCCACUGGGGAAUUCAACGUAACACUACGACCAAAACACCCAGCAAUAUUUGCAGUAGACCGGGUAAGACACGUCUAUAUUGCUUCCCCAGGGAACAACUUCGGGGGACAAUUUAACUUUAGCGUCAGAGGCUUGCGUCUUGGUCGUUCGUCUGUGGUUUUUGAAGCCACUGGGAGAUUCAGCGGAGAUUCCGAAUGGACACCAUCUACAUCCCUCCGUGCUGUCGAAGAAUACAGAGUUUUAGUGAUACGUAAACCAGAAGCAAUCUACGACGUGUUUCUGGUUAUUCUAGCUCUGAUGCUUGUAUUAACUAAUUUCGGUUUCGGUUGUCGGAUCGACCCAGAGAUAGUAAAGGCGGUCCUAAAGAAGCCCAUCCAGCCUGCAAUUGGGUUCGUGUGUCAGUUUGGUAUAAUGCCCCCGUUGGCGCUGGGCAUAGCUAAAAUGUUGCAGCUAGACGGCGUAACCGGGCUGGGCUUAUUGACCAUAGGGGCCAGUGCAGGGGGAGGCGGCAGCAACAUAUUUACAUUCCUCUUCAAUGCAGAUAUCUCUCUCAGUAUUGUCAUGACAUUUAUUAGUACAUUAGCAGCAUUAGGCAUGACGACCUUUUGGAUUUGGGCCCUUGGUCCUUUAUUUCGCUCUAGUGAUGGACGCGUUUACAUCCCCGUUGAUGCCGUCAUUUCAUCUCUUCUUGUCGUCAUCGUACCAGUCGUUAUCGGAGUGAUUACUCGAUACUAUCAUGCAAAGAUCGGGGACAUUGUUAACAAAAUACUACGUCCUUUUGUUUUUAUUUUUGCCCUUAUGCUUGUCACGGUUGGGUUGUAUGUAUAUCUAUAUGCAUUUGCUUUGGUGACUUGGCGGAUAUGGGUAGCAUCCACUCUCCUUCCAUGGAUUGGGUUCACGCUGGGAGGUGGUUUCGCUCUCUUAUUUCGACAGGACAAAUCCAGAAUCGUCACCAUAGCAUUUGAAACAGGUAUGCAAAAUAUCCAAUUGGCUCUUUUUAUGAAUCGCAUCUCCCUUGGAGACCCCGAAGCCGACUUGGCAAAUGUUCCUGUCAUUUGGUAUUUGGUGAUGAGUCUCGUGCCGCCAUUCAUCAUCGCCAUCGGAGUGGAGAUCAAGAAAUGUGUCGACAAGAGGAAACAUGGCGGGAAUGUUGCAACAGACGACUUUGAAGCAGACGACACCAAGGCAUCCAUGGAUGUAAAACAAGGACAAAUUAAUAUUGCCACAAUUUAUGAUGAGAUUGAAGUAAAUCCUGCUCAACUUGAGUUAACACCAGGACAAAAGAGGAAAUUAACUCAAAUAUAACUUUUAGAAACAUAUAGAAAUAGGCUAUACAGCUGAGUAUUCCAGUAGGAAGUGAAGGAACACUGCCUUGGAGUUACGAUGACGGUUCCGUUGACAUAACAAUUGACUUAACUUGGGAUUUGGUUCGUGGCACAAAAGCUUCAAGAUUGAUUCGAAUUAUAAAAAUGGCGCCUUGGCGCUUAAUCAUUAAAGUUACACUUUGAGUUACCGCCAUUUUGUUACGUUAACAGAACCGUUACGUUGUCGCCGUACCUCCAUUGCGGAUGACAGUAUGACUCUUUAUACAAGGCUGCUUAAAUUCAUCUUUUCCAUUUGGAACGUGAAUUUCUUUUGGAAACCUAAACGUUUCUAAGUUUUCUUUUAUUUUAUAUCUCCUAAUAUAUAACAUAAUUUAAUAGUUUUUAAUAUACCCUGUUGCUUCAUUUCCAUCCAGGACACGUGCAGAGCAUAGAAAUAUCAGGUUAAAGGUUUUUGAAUCAAUUCCAUGCCUAUUCCUUCAUUUACACUUCUAUUUGAGUGAUGACAUUGUUUUUUAGGCACCCUGUACUUUCUGUACAAAAACUCCAUUGUCCUCUGCAUCAAAUCAUACCAACCAAGACCGAGUUUAAUGGAAUAAAUGCUUUCUCGCCUGACAAUAUAUUUCAGUGGGAUAACAACGUCAAACAAAUCACAUUUGCGGACACAUAUCUUAAUAAAUGUCAUCUUAGGAAGCUCGAUUUAAAGAUCGUCGUACCGAAUGACAAAAUAGCACCUUUUUUGUUAAAUGCCAAAUUAUCCUGUUCUGAACGUUUACAGUAGGCCUACUUGUGGGACAAAUCUCAAUUGAAAAUUCCGAGCUUAAAAGUUUGAUCCGCAGGGGCGCAUGUAGUUAUCUAAAAUGUAUAAAACAUUAUUUGUGAUGCCAGGGCUAAACGAUGAAGACAUAAAAGAAAAUGGAGUCUCAUCCCUAGAAUUUCGCAUUCGAACUGACGUACAUUGAUUUUUCAAUGAAUGUAAAAUUCCAAUAUCUCUUAAUUCACUUGCAAUAGCGAUGCUCAUUUUAUUCAAUCAAGUAGGUCGUUAAAUGAAGAAAUUAUUUUUCAAGACAUGUUCCAGUGAGAUUACGAGGUCUUAAAGUUUAAUUACCGUACAGGGACUCACCUCUUAGUGAAAUCUUUAAACAGGUCUUGUGGCCAAAAUACAAAUAAACAUACUGUGAUACACAACACAGGUUUAGUAAUAACGAAGGAGUUAUGUUCUGAGAAGCGAUAGUGGCACGAUAAUGGGGUGUUAAAUGGAGAUUUCUUCGAGUAAAACAAUGAUAAAAUGGUGCUAAUAUAUGAGGCUAGAAUCUUGCUGUUUUGUGUUGCACAUCAUGGUACGAUAACCUCCGCUCUUCUCAACACGCCGGGUUGAAAUUUGAAUUCAUCAGUUGUUAAGAUUACUCGCAGAGUUUAGAGAUGUCAGCAAGGUGACAGAAAGGGCAAAUCAGAAGAACAAAAGACAGCCCACAGACUCCAUUUUUUGAAUUUAGAAAACACCAUCCAUGUGACAUAUGUCGGCACGCCUACGCACAUACAUACGCUCGGAUCGCGUGUUAUGCAGUACAAGUACUAGUAAAUACGCUUCUUAGAUAUCGUUCAUAAAGUUCGUUUGUUCUAUCUGUGUCUGGAAUAUCUCAUGCCAUUUCCAUAAACUUGACACUUUACGUAAUAUGUUAUGACUAAUAGAAUUGGUUUCUUAAGAAAAUAUUAAGUGUCUAUGUAGGCCACCAUUUUCACAAAAGCUUUAAAUUAUGGUUUUAACGGAAAUAACUAAAAAGUGAAGAACUUUCUUCACACCAAUUGGAUCCACAUGACAUACGAAGUAAUUCAAUAUAUCAAGCAGGCGAGAAGAUAUCAAAAAUACAUCAACUGAUCAUGCAACGAAUAUUACUUACUUUCAACGAAUUGUUAUUGUAAUCUGCCAAAGAAAAAGCGUAAUUGAUCGUGUCCGGUGAAAAAUGAAGCAGACUCGAGUGCAUAGUUCUUGCGUACACUCCCCUCCAAAAGUUUGAUAACAUAGCCUUCCUUUUGGAUUGUGCGUCU